CCUCAUCCCACGACCACCACCGCACUACUGCACCCGCCGCCCCCUCUGCGCACGCGAAGAACUGCCAGCGGGCCCCUCCCUCCCUACAGCCCGAGCGCACGAGCAGCCCUCCCCACAUACCCACGAUGGCGUCCCAAACCCCCGCCGUUGUCAUGGACAACGGUACGGGAUACUCGAAGCUCGGUUUCGCCGGCAACGACUCCCCCUCCUUCGUCUUCCCCACCGCCAUAGCCACGCGUGGCCCAACAGGCGGCGGCGGCAGCUCCGGCUCCGGCCGCCCUGCCGUUGCAAACAAGCCCUCGUACCUGACCGGCGGCGCGGGCCCCGGCGGCCACCUGUCCGGGAAGCGUGGCACCGAGGACCUGGACUUCUUCAUCGGCGACGAAGCUCUCUCGGCCGCCGCAGGCUCCGGCUAUGGCAUCAACUACCCCAUCCGCCAUGGUCAAAUCGACAACUGGGAUCUCAUGGAGCGCUUCUGGUCCAACUCCAUCUUCAAGUACCUCCGCGUCGAGCCCGAGGAUCACCACUUCCUCCUGACUGAGCCUCCACUGAACCCCCCGGAGAACCGCGAGGCCACUGCCGAGAUCAUGUUCGAGUCGUUCAACGUCGCUGGCCUGUACAUCGCUGUGCAGGCUGUCCUCGCCCUCGCCGCCUCCUGGACCAGCUCCAAGGUUCAGGACCGAUCGCUGACCGGAACUGUCAUCGAUUCCGGCGCCGGUGUCACCCACGUUAUUCCUGUCGCCGAAGGCUACGUCAUUGGCUCGUCGAUCAAGAGCGUGCCAAUUGCUGGUCGCGACAUCACGCAAUUUGUGCAAUCGCUGCUCCGAGAGCGUGGAGAGGCAGACUCCUCUCUUGCCACUGCUGAGCGCAUCAAGGAGGAGUACUGCUACGUCUGCCCAGACAUAGUCAAGGAGUUCGCGCGCUACGAUCGCGAAUCCGACGACAGGUUCAAGCAGCACACGGUCACGUACGCGAACGGAAAGACGACGACGGUCGACGUCGGCUACGAACGCUUCCUUGCCCCUGAGAUCUUCUUCAACCCCGAGAUCUACUCGUCCGACUUCCUCACUCCCCUCCCCACCAUCGUCGACAAUGUCAUCCAGACCUCGCCCAUCGAUGUACGAAGAGGAUUGUACAAGAACAUUGUUCUGUCCGGCGGUUCCACUUUGUACAAGGACUUUGGUCGCCGCCUGCAGCGCGACAUCAGGCACUUGGUUGACGCGCGCAUCAAGGCUUCGGAAGCACGCAGCGGAGGCGCCAAGAGCGGCGGUCUGGACGUACAGGUCAUUACACACAAGAGGCAAAGACACGGCCCAUGGUUUGGUGGAUCUUUGCUUGGCCAAACGCCCGAGUUCAGAAGUUACUGCCAUACUAAGGCGGAGUACGAUGAGAUCGGCCCCAGCAUCGUCCGACGAUUUGCACUACUGGGUGGGCCGGGCAGUACCUAAAUAUUUGAGCUUGAGAAUGUGGCCGUGCCAGUUGAGAAGUGUGGUGAGCCUGGGAGCGAUAACUGCAUUCAAUCUAAGAUACAAUUUACUCAAUCCCAGUCUCUGUCGG